GAAUAUAUUUCAAAAGUAUAUUUUGAAACGAAAUAAUUCAUAACCGAAUUAGUGUUUGCCCACCAUAAUAAUAUCAUUCGGAACGCUUUGCAGUGUGCGCUGGCUAUUCAGAUAUAGGCCGUUAACACCGCGGAAGUAAACCGACAUUAAGUAAUGGUAGAAUAUGAAUUAAAGCCAACGACGACGAAAACCAAAAAUGGCAGUAUUAAUUAAUUCCUACAGAUUUUGCAAUCAGAAAUAUCCAAUACGGACCAAUCUUAUUCAAACAGGCAUUAUGUUUGGUCUCGGCGAUUUAAUUGCUCAGAGCGCGGUUGAAAGGCGUAAACCGGAAGAUAUCGACUGGUUACGUACGGUGCGCUACGCGUCGAUUGGUUGUGCGCUUGGACCAUCACUUACCAUGUGGUAUAGAACAUUGGACAGAUUGGGAACCGAAAUAACGGUACCGAUAGUGACCAAAAAAAUAUUAGUCGACCAAUUGGUUGCGUCGCCAAUUAUUACUGCAUCUAUAAUGACUAUGAGCAGAGUGUUUAGUGGCGACGAAUGGCCACAGAUACAAAAGAAACUUGAAGAUAACUAUGUGAAAGUUUUGUCCACGAGUUAUACGAUUUGGCCAGCCGUACAAGCAUUAAACUUCACCAUUAUUCCACAACAUUACAGGGUCUUAACCGUACAAAUAGUGUCACUAGCUUGGAAUACAUACCUUUCGUUCAUGAGUGUCGGCGGUGGAAAAUCACAGGAACCGUAGUAUUUAAAAUAUCAAUU